GCAGAGCAGGGGCGUGACUCCGGGGGCUCCGCCCCCGCGGCGCCCCAGCCUCGGGGUCUCGGGCUGAGGCAGUGGGACGGAAGUGUGCGAGUCCCACCACUUCCCUUCACUGCUGCGUUGGAGCCGCCGCCGCUACCGUCCGCUCCCCAGCGAGCCGUAGUCUCCGUGCCGUACCCCGAGUGCCCGGCCGCGCGGAGCCGGGAUGCACUGCCCCUGCUGUGGGCCCUCAUCAUGGAGACCAAACGGGUGGAGAUUCCCGGCAGCGUCCUGGACGAUCUCUGCAGCCGAUUUAUUUUGCAUAUUCCCAGCGAGGAAAGAGACAAUGCAAUCCGAGUGUGUUUUCAGAUUGAACUUGCCCAUUGGUUUUACUUGGAUUUCUACAUGCAGAACACACCAGGAUUACCUCAGUGUGGGAUAAGAGACUUUGCAAAAGCUGUCUUCAGUCAUUGUCCAUUUUUGCUGCCCCAAGGUGAAGAUGUGGAAAAAAUUUUGGAUGAAUGGAAGGAAUAUAAAAUGGGAGUACCAACAUAUGGUGCGAUUAUUCUUGAUGAGACACUUGAAAAUGUACUACUGGUUCAGGGGUACCUAGCAAAAUCAGGCUGGGGAUUUCCAAAAGGAAAAGUAAAUAAAGAAGAAGCUCCUCAUGAUUGUGCUGCUAGAGAGGUCUUUGAAGAAACUGGUUUUGAUAUCAAAGAUUAUAUUUGUAAGGAUGAUUACAUUGAACUUCGAAUCAAUGACCAGCUUGCUCGUUUGUACAUCAUUCCAGGAAUUCCAAAAGACACAAAAUUUAACCCAAAAACCAGAAGAGAAAUUCGGAACAUCGAAUGGUUCUCCAUUGAGAAAUUGCCCUGUCAUAGAAAUGAUAUGACCCCAAAAUCCAAACUUGGUUUGGCACCUAACAAAUUUUUUAUGGCCAUUCCCUUCAUCAGACCAUUAAGGGACUGGCUUUCUCGAAGAUUUGGAGAUUCCUCAGACAGUGACAAUGGAUUUUCUUCAACUGGUAGCACUCCAGCUAAACCCACUGUGGAAAAAUUGAGUCGAACCAAAUUCCGCCACAGUCAGCAGUUAUUUCCUGAAGGUUCUCCUGGUGACCAGUGGGUCAAGCACAGGCAGCCACUGCAGCAAAAGCCAUAUAAUAAUCAUUCUGAAAUGACUGACCCUUUAAAAGCAAAGAAUCAAAGUAUGAGGGGAAAUGGCAGAAAACAGUAUCAAGACUCACCUAAUCAAAAGAAAAGAACAAAUGGGGUCCACAGCCAGCCAGCCAAACAGCAGAAUCCCUUGAUGAAAUGUGAAAAAAAACUUCAUCCACGAAAACUUCAGGAUAAUUUUGAAACAGAUGCUGUAUAUGACUUAUCUUGCUCUGGUGAAGAGCAGUUGCUAGAACAUGCUGAGGGACAGUCUGUGGCAUGUAAUGGACAUUGCAAGUUCCCCUUUUCAUCCAGAACCUUUUUGAGUUUCAAAUUUGACCAUACUGCUAUAAUGAAAAUCUUGGACCUUUGAUAUCAGCAAAUGGGUCAUGGAAGCCCCAAGAUCAAAGACCUGUGGCAUUUGAGUGGGUGUCUCUUUGAGCCUUACCUUUCUCAGGUGUUCUAAAGAAAUGCAGGGAGGCAACGUUGUUUUCUGAAGAGAUUGUUCUCUGUGCAGAAGAGAGUAGAAAGAAACAUAAGUUUGCACUGUAGAUGUAGUUAUAAUAACCUUUUAUAUAGAUGUACCUUUUCAGUGUUGGCUUGCGAAUUUUAAGUUGCUUUUUAUGAGAGCCUUUUUUUCUGUGUGAUUGUGGUUUUUAUCUUGUGUUUUGGUCAAGAAAAUAGUGGUUGAGUCACCAAGUAGCCAAGUUAAUGGAUGUGCUGCAUCUAUCCAUUACAGUGAUUGCAAAAAUAGUUUCCUUUCAUUGAAAUUUUUAAAAGAUACUUAAAAUAUACAGUUAUUAAAUGAUUAUAAGAGCUGAAAUGUCACAGAAGUCUAGAUUGCAAGUCAUCUGCUCUGGUGACGUUUUGUGCAUUUCUCUGCUUAUAACCACUUACGUUCUUAAGCCUCUUCUGCUUGGGGUUUCAUUGGAAAGUUUUAUUUAGAGCCAGCAUCUCCUAUGUAUUGUUCAUGUUCAAAACAAACUCGUAGUGCUUCGUUAAAAGACAGUGUCCUCAGCCUGGAGAAGGGACUUGGUUGAGUGGGAAGCUGAUGCACUCCUUGAGGAAUGUGCUGCACCGCCAGGAGCGUGUGAGACGCUGGAGAGGGGAGAAGAGAGUGAGGAGGCCGCACCCAGCAGCUGCUUUGGUCCUGUGUUCACUGUCCUGCCACCAGCCUUUUUGUAUCAUACGAUGAUUUUUUUCUUGUGAAAAUUUUUUCUGUAUUACAGCUGUGUAUAUAUGUAUGGAUUAUGACAUUAGGUUUUACAUUGUCUUUGGGUGUUGAUCUCUGGAAACUGAUGUUAUAUUUGGUUCUAAUUUGCUGUAGUAGCAGAGACUGACACACUGUUAGUGUGCUGGAGCCCCUGGGUGAUGGGGCAGGAAGGCAGGGGUGUGCAAUUUACCCAGGAACAAGUAAAGCAUUUCAUUAGGGAGGAUCAGACCAUGGAAGUAAUACACAUAACUCAGUCCUUGGAAUGUAUUUUGCUCCUUCAGGAUGCUUCGACCCAGAUGAGAAUGGCAGUGCCUAUCUUAAGAAGAACUUCAGCUCUAAUUGAGGACAGUCACCAGGGCUUUAAGGGGGCUUUAGUGUUUCAUUUGGGCUGCUUCUGACCUCAUUGAAGGUAUUUCUUUUGUGGGGGGAGGGGGGUGGUGCAAGCAUAUGCGUGCAUGUGCAACUGUCAUGUGGGUUUUAAAAAUCUUUUUUUACAUGUGGUAUCCACAAAGUAUAUCUCUGCUUGUAAAUUUUAUUGUAGAAGUCUUUAUUCUGUAUAGAUAGCCUAUUUAAUAGGGGUUCUAUUUAAUCCAGCAGGACUUUCAGAAAAAGUGCUAUUGUUAGGAACACUUGGUAUUUCUUUGCUUUAGCUUUUGAACAGCUUGAUUUUAAAGGAGAAAUUCUAUUUAUUAAUAAAAGUGACACCCUCUUGGUGCUAAGCAGGAGAAUUCCCAGUUACAGCAAUGCAUUUAGAAUUAGGUUAUUCACAAUCUGCAUCUUUUAAUGUGACAAGUAUGUGAAUCCUUUUGUGACCUUUUUGAAAAUGCAUUUUAUGAUUGCAUUUGAAAGCUCUUGUUUAUUCUUUCCAGAAAUACAGCUGCUUUGCUUGGGUCUCCUUGAGCCAUAUUUAUAGUUGGUCCCAGCAUUCCAGAUUUCUGUUAAAUUGUUAAAGGGAGUGAAAAUGUAGUUUGCCUGACAGGCAAAUAAUUUUCACUUGUUUACUGUCAUCUGGAAACCAUUUUAUUUUUAGUGAUGUUGUAUGUGGGUUUUUUUCCUUUUUACGUAAGUACUUUGGUCAGUCUUUCUGGUGCCUAGAGUUGGAUUUUUCAACUCUAAAUACUAAAGUAAAAGAGAUUAGAAUUAAUUACCAAAAGUGUGUCUUUAAUGGUGUUGAGCCUUUAAGAACCAACAAAUGAUCUCUUUUCGAUUGUGAGAGUUUAACUAUGGUUAAAUGUUAACUGCUGUAGCGCUGCUUCAGUUAAUGCACUGUAGGACAAAGUAAGGGUAUUGUUGAGAUGGGAUUUUGGUAACUUGAGGCUUUUAGCGCUCUACAGUUUGAGAUAAAAGAUGUUCAAAGAUGUGUUAAAGUUAAUGUGUGUGGUAUGACUUAACUAUGCAGAAAAUGUAUAAGUUGGAUGUACCUGUUUUUUAUGUACAUCUGCUAUACUUACUUCCCCCUUGAACCUGUGUAUUAGUUUCUCAGUGUUCAGGUUACCUUAGGGAAGGCCAUGCUCAGCACAGAACUAGAUUUCUCUCUUGAGAAAUUACCCUGGUUUGAAGAAAUCAAGUGCUAAAUGAGUGCUGAAUAUGCAAUGAUUUCUGUGUGUUGUGUUUUAAAAGCUAGACAAGAAGAGUAGUUGUGUUGGCUUCAUUAUGUUUUACGUCUGAAAGAAAUAGGUCUUUGAAUCCACUUUUUAAAUAUUCUUAUGUUCCAACCUUAUAUGUUCCAAGGUUCAGUGCACUGUGAAUCUCUUAUUUUUAAAAAUUUUGUAGGUGCUUUUAUGUAUAACUAUAAUGAUUUGUAAGAUGUUAAAUGAAUUGUUUUUGUACUUAACCAUCGUAAUCCAAAAUAUUAGGGAUAUGGUUUACAUGCUUUCACAAGUUUUUGUUAAAUAGCAUAUGAAUGGUUUUAGGAUUUCAAAUAGUGCCACUUUCCUGAGAUGUGAGCAUUUGGAGAAGUCUGAGGACCUAAUAGAACUCUCUUAGCAAGGGUGAAAUUUGAAGAUGUUUGAAAAUGAAGUUGAAUUUUAAUGUAAUGUAUAAAAGAAGGUCUCCUAUGCUGUCAAAGGAAUUGUGUUCACUGCUUGCUGCUUUGAACUGUGGAUAUCUUUAUUUUUCUAUUAAAUAUCAGUAAGUACAGAUAAUGAAGAUGCAUAGCAAAUUCAGCAGAAUUAAUAUUAUGCUAUAAGAUUGGAUUAGUACUUUGUCCUUUUAAGGCUUUAGUAGUUUAUGUGUAAUAUCAAAUAAAAAACUCAAAUCCAAGUGAAUAGUAUCCUUCCACAGGGAUUAAAUUCUUCUGUAAACUCAUAUUAUGGUCUUUAGGAAAGUUCAUGUCUGACUGCAUGUGUGCAUGACAAACAUUUCAUUACCUAGUCUCUCAUUUAUCUUUUCUGUUGUUAAAACAGUAAGAAGUAGAAUCAAUAUAAAAAUUAGAACUUCUGCCAAGUAAUUUUUUUCUUAGUAUAAUAAUAUCUCUUAGCAUUUUAAUCUUGAUUUUUGUACAAGUGGACCUCUCCUGGCCUACUCAGAGAUUUUGUUUUGAUGGACAUCUAUUGUAUCUCUGUAUUUUCUGAGGUAUUUUCUUUUCAUAUUAAUUAUAUAUACAAGGUCAGAUUCAUUACAUUUGAAGAAAAUAAGUGUUAUCUAGUAAUUUUUACUUGGAUUGUUUUCUAGCCUGGGGAAGGCUCAUAUGUAUUGUGAUUUUAGCUUAUGAUAAACAAGACAAGCUUAUUUUGUCUGAAGGCAUUAAUAUUCUUUAAGUACCUGUCUCUAGGUGAACAGGUAUCAUAGUAAAACAGCAGUUUUGUUAGACCUUAUCCCUUAUAGCUUGGUAAAGCCUAGCCAAAGUUCCUUAUUUUGUAUUCUUUCCUAAGACUUUGAAGUGCAUUUGUAUAGUUGCCAAAAAUUCUAAAAAUGAGAUUAUGAUGGGUUUCUCAGCAUCUUUUCUUCCUAGAAUUGAGUUGCUCUUGAAGUUUGUACUCCUGUGCCAUAUAGAUGGCAGUGUGCUCUGUCUCAUGCUUUCAAAGUAGAGUUCUAGAUUGCAGUUUCAAAAAAUGUGAUAGGUAUUAUAGAACAAAUUGCCCUGAAGGGAGAAGAUAACUAGUUGCUGGUCACAGAAGAGUGGAAGGAAGAAAUCUUAGGAGAUAAAUCAGCUUUUGAGUGCCAUGUGAUGUACAAAGAUAGAAAUGUGACUGUUGCCUAGCCCAAGCAGAGUCUAAUACAUGUAGCUGUUACCAAGUGUUUUCUAGCUCAGAUAUAGUUAAUUUUUUUCUGACUAUGGCUGCCAAGCAAUUCCAUAAACCUAUGGUAAUUUUUUCCAUUUUAAAGACCAGUGUUUGGGAGUCUGAUCCUUCCUGUACUGGUACUUCACAAGUGCAGCCACACUCAAGUGUUCUGCUGUCUUAGGAACAUAAUCCCCAAUAUAGCCAUAGUUAAGGUAUGUCAUAGUCACUUCAUGUGUUGGUUACACAUUUGUCCUGGGUGGUGAUCCAUUCCUUUUCAUCUGGCUUUCUUGUGACAAAUGGCAUUUACUGUUGGAAUAUUAGUCUAUAGUAGGGAAAGAGUAAAGCUACCUCUCAUACAUGGGACUUGAAUGGUUGGCUUCCACCAACUUUAGUAGCUUAGACUUUAACCUAAAGUACAAAGAAGUGUAAAUAAAAACUAUGAUAAAGUUUGGAAGUCAUACCUUGAGAAAUUGAAUCUUUAAUCUGGGUCCCCAGAUGAAUGAAAUCAGCAGUGAAGAGAUUCCUUUUGUCUUUUGUCUUCUGGGGUUAGCAGAUGGGAAAGUCUGGCUACGGGCAGCUUGAAAGCACCAUGUAAAAGGAAUUAACCUUGACGAGAUACUUGGUGGUAGCUUUGUAGGGUUAAUGGGUGCUCUGGGGAAAGGGGUUAAAUGCAAAAAUCUUUUGCUUUUCAAGAUAACUUGGUCCCACAUGGAUCCUCCUCUUUUUAGUAGAGUUUAGUUUUUUAGUCCAGUGGAAGAAAAAGGCCAUAAACAUAUAUUUGAUACUUUUUUGGUGGGAGGGCUCUAGCAGGUGGUUGGGUGGUGUCUUGGCUAUUGGCAUCUAUCUGUUGAGUGCCAUUUGAAGAACGAGGACCUGUUGAUUUUUUAUCUUUCUCCUCUGUGGUGUGACUGGCCUGGGAGAGGCCAUUGAGUUUGUCUCUCUCAGUUUCCUCCCUGCUCUACCCCGAUGCCUACCCCAAUCCUGUCCCUUCUGUAGAAUUUUUUUUUCUUUUUCAUUUGUGCUACAUCCCUUCAGUGAAUCUGGUAGUCACCAUAUGAGGACUUGGGUAGUUUGUAAGCUGUGAUCACAUCUUGGCUCCUAGAGAUGAUCUCACUUUGACACUUGAGCCACAGAUAGAAGGGCUCUGGACACCACUGUUUUGAGGCUCUCAGUGCAUGUAGCUGUCAAAUUAGUUUAGAACAAAGAAAACUGUGUGGUUCUAGGGUGAAAUAGGCAGUGUUCUGCUGGUCCUCCGUCUUUGAGAGGUCUUAGUUAAUCUUUUUAUUCAUUGAAUCUGAGGUUCCAAAACAAUCUAUAGCUACAAACUGGUGUUAAGAAAGGUUUUUGGUCACAAAUCUACCUUGUCAUUUAAAGUUAUUUCUCAAGCUUUCAGAAAUUAGUUCUUUAUACAACAGUAUCUGGCCUUUUUCAAGCCUUUGUGAUACGUGGAAUAGACUGGAUGGCAGCAAACAAAAGCAAAGGCUCUCAACUGCGAGUGAAAUUUAGAAUGGUAGUUCCUGUUCUGCAGCACGUGAUUGGUGAGAUGUGUUAGUAUAUCUGAUGAAUGAGCAGCGGUGGCCUCCAACUCUUACGCCGUACGUGCGAAAAAGCACAAACAACAUAUCUGCAAGGAUUUCUUUGUGCGUUUCACUGCUGUCCUUUUAGGUUUGUGUUUGGAUCUUGCACAAGUACCUUUUAAUAUCAAAUGCAAGUGUCCGAAAACCGAAUCUUUAAUUUUACUUUGUUGGUCAUAUUUCACUUCAAAGUUAGGACAGGAAAAGGCUAAGCUGACUUUCAUUUCAUGAUUACAAACUGUUUUUCUUCAGUAACAAUUAGGGAAGGAAAAUAUAACCAUGAACUAUUUUGCAUAUAUAUAUUUGUAUGUAUGUGUGUGUGUGCACACACAUAUAUUUUCUUGUUUUUGAAGUUUAUUAGCUUAAUACCUUACAAAAACUGCCUUUGGUAAGUAUUACCUCAUACAAUUCAGAUUUUAAAUUUUACCUGUUCACUUUAGUGAAAAUUUAAAACAAUCUUAUUUCAGAAUAAAGGGAUUAAUAAAGUGGAAUUAUAGCCGAUGUAUUAGCUAACUCAAGCAAAAUCUUAGGUAAGACUGUCUUUCUUUUACCCAGAGUAAGGGCAGACGGUUUAGUUAAGAAAGGAGUAAGAAUUGAUUUUUUUAUACCCUGCCUAUUUCCAAAACAAGAUUUGAAAUAUCUCUUAUGCCAUGGAGACUAGGUAAUGUUCAUGGAAGAUACGUAUUCUUAAAAGUUUUCUUGUGAGUAGGUUUGUCUGAAAAAGGUGACAAUAUUUAUGCUGAGUCAUGCUGUUUUGUCUGGGAUCUAUAAAAAGGUAGAAAAAAAUUAAUGAAAUGGUUCUACCAAAUAUACUCAGUUGAGAAAACUGGACUUUAGAGUAAAUGUGGUAACUAUGUAUAUUUGUAAACUUUAUUCAGUAGUAAUCGUUUUUUUCUUAAUGUGAAAUGAUUUAACAUUUAAUUUUUGCCGUAGUUACAGCAGUGUAUUAUUACUUUACCUUCUAGGACAUUUUAAUGUUUGGAGAAAGACUGUAUAAAGUAAAACCAUGGAGUAAUUCUGCCUGAGGUAGUAAUGAAGUUCUCGGUGCAUGUUUUGGUUGUCAGCAUCGAGGGAGAGCAGUAAAGGGGCCUCAGGAUACCUGUCAGGUUCAUUCACCUUGUAGUUAGAAGCACUGAUAACCUUUAGAGCAGAUUUACUGUGUGUCUGAAUUUAUUACAUUCUGGCUGAACAGUAGCAUUGUCUCUGUUCCUCAGUGUUAAUUAAAAGAUAAGGACUGAUUUUCAGUUAUAUUGGGCAUGACUAUCAUAAAGGUUUCUGAGUGACUGUUUAUGAAUUGGGAGCUUGCAGUAUUACAGUGCCUAGAACUAGAAAUGACAGCUGUACUCUCCACGGAGAAAAUGAACAAAGUCCUAUGUCUGAACAGUUUUUAUGCUCCUUUAGAUAGCUUUUUGAUGUAAAUAACAACAGUUUAAGAACCUUUUAUUUUACAAAAUACAGUUGAAUGAUGGGCGGUUCCGUUGAUAUUUUAAAACAUCUCUACAAUUGAGUGAAUAUUGGCUUUCUGUAAAAAUAUUACCAUGUUAAAUUUAGACUGUAGUGCAAUAUCAAUAAAUUUUGCUGUUUGGGCAGUUUUAAUUACUACCGUAA